AUGGAAGUUACAACCACCAGAGGAUGCCCGCAAGGGGGCGUGCUUUCGCCCCUUCUCUGGACUCUGGCGGUUGAUACACUACAGUAUAAAAUGGCCGACCUCAACAUUGACACUCAAGGGUACGCUGACGACCUUGUUGUCAUAGUGCCCGACUACUUAGAAGUGAUCGAGCAGCCGAUGGACUUCAGCACGAUCAAGGCCAAGCUGGCGGGCGGCGAGUACGCGCGCGACGGUGACGUCAUCGCUGACGUCGCGCUCGUCUUCGCUAACUGCUACACGUACAACCAGGACACGCAUCCUGUCGCCAAAGCCGGCGCGCGCCUAGAGAAGUACAUCAACAAGCGGUGCUCCGAGCUGGAGUUACCGGCUUUACCCGAGAGCCUCCAAGAAGAUGAAGACGACGUGCCGCUCAAGCGGCGUGCCUCGUCGCCGUCCGCGCCCGCCGCCAAGCGCGCGCGACACAAGUGAUGCCCGCCGCGCCUCCACGACUACGUCACGCAGUGGUCGGAGUGAGGCAGACAGAAGUGUGAGGCAGGGACAGAAGUGUUAGGCAGGGACAGAAGUGUGCGUUUAUCGCCUGUUGUAUAUUAUAUCUCCAUCUCCAGUACCAUAAGUGUGGCUAACGCUAACUACGUCACGCAUUGAGGUAGGGACAGUGAAGUGCGAUGUGCAUUCUCACGUGUAGUAUUAUAUCUCCAAUCUCCAGUACCAUAAAUGGCCACAGCUUAGUGCGCCGCGCCUCGCUAACUACGUCACGCAGUGGUCGGAGUGAGGCAGACAGUAGUGCUGUGUGCGGUAUCGCCUGUAGUAUAUCUCCAAUCUCCAGUACCAUAAUUAAAAGCGCGCGCGACACAAGUGAUGCCCGCCGCGCCUCCACGACUACGUCACGCAGUGGUCGGAGUGAGGCAGACAGAGGUGUGAGGCAGGGAUAGAAGGGAGUGAGGCAGGGACAGAAGUGUGCGUUAUCGCCUGUAGUAUAUCUCCAUCUCUAGUAUCAUAAGUGUGGCCACGC